AUGCAAGAACAGCAAAAUAAAUUCUUGAUUGAUGCGGAUAUCGGGGAUGACGAUGUCACAUUACCUAGUUUACCAGCCGUCAAUGUGCCUAUUAUUGAAAAUAAUGUAGAAACACCUAAAACGGAACCUAUUCAAACUGAGAGCCAAGAUGCACAGAUUGAAUCGGCAGAUGAAAAAUCUAAAGGUGGCUUUUUUAGCCGCAUGAAAGAAGGUUUGACCAAAUCGCGUAAAAGCCUUGCCGAUGGUAUGGUCAAUAUUCUGAUUGGUGGUAAAGAAAUUGAUGAUGAGUUGCUCGAAGAAGUAGAAGAGCAACUUUUGGUUGCUGAUAUCGGGGUAGAGGCGACUAAAACCAUUAUUGCGAAUUUGACUGAGCGUACAGAACGUGGUGAUUUGAUUUACUCACAUUCAUUGUAUAAAGCGCUACAAGAAGAGCUGGUUGCUUUACUUGCACCUCGGCCAAACGUUUACAAGGUGAAGGUAAGAAAGUCAUGCUUGCAGCAGGAGAUACCUUCCGUGCAGCGGCAACUGAACAACUUCAAAUCUGGGGUGAACGUAACAAUAUUGCUGUCGUGGCUCAAGGUCAUGGUGCAGAUAGUGCUUCAGUCAUUUUUGAUGCCUUUGAAAGUGCACGUGCCAAAGACGGUUCAACCUCGACUUUGGCGAAAGAAUCACAAUUUGUCGGUUUUAAUGGCGACGAAUCUGCACCCGUUGAAAUUCCCAGUGGGUAAAACUGAUGCGGCUGGUGUUAAAGAUCUUGUUUUAGAAGCUGCUGUUACCACGAUUCAAGAUUUGGAAGACUCGAUUGCUGCUGUAGAUGCAGAAGAGAAAGUAGAAGGCUACCGUAACUGGUUAGGUCUAAUGAAAGAUCGUACACAUAAGAAUUUGAUCGGUGGUGAAACAACACUUCAUGGUCGUUCAUUGAUGCUUCUUCGUAACGUUGGUCAUUUAAUGACGAACCCUGCGAUCCUUGUAGAUGGUGCUGAAAUCUACGAAGGUGAUGAAAUUCAUACCUUUAUGGAAGCAGGUCCUUUCGUUCGUAAAGGCGAAGUGAAAAGCCAAAUUUGGUUCCCAGCUUAUGAAAACCGUAAUGUGAUGGUAGGUCUACAAGCAGGUUUACGUGGUAAAGCACAGAUUGGUAAAGCACGCCAACAAGAGUUAUUGAAAACUGAAGCGCUUCCGUUAGAUGACUUGUUGACACCGCCUUUAGCGACAGAUACAAACUGGACUGAAGAAGAGAAGACCAAAGAGCUUGAAAAUAACCUUCAAGGUAUCUUGGGUUAUGUUGUUCGUUGGGUUGAUUUAGGUGUGGGUUGUUCUAAAGUGCCAGACAUUAACAAUGUCGGUUUAAUGGAAGACCGUGCAACGUUACGUAUUUCUUCUCAACACGUUGCGAACUGGUUGCGUCAUGGUAUUGUGACUAAAGCGCAAGUUGAAGAAGUUAUGCAGCGUAUGGCGAAGAUUGUUGAUGAGCAAAAUGCCAACGAUCCUGAAUAUAGCAACAUGGCGCCUGGUUUUGACGGUUAUGCAUAUAAAGCUGCUUAUGAUUUAGUAUUCAAAGGUGGUGAACAGCCGUCUGUCAACUUUGGUUUAGUGCCAAAAUGGGCUGAGGAUAAAGAAGCAGCAAAACAUACUUAUAAUGCAAGAAAUGAAACGCUGAUGGAAAAGCGCAGUUUUGUCGAGGCUUUUAGCAAGUGCCAGUUUGGCGUGAUCCCCGUGACAGAGUUCUAUGAAUCCAAAUACAUCAAUGGCCGACCACAGCGUUGGGGGAUUACCCGAUUAAAAACCGGUGAAGUUGUUCGUUCAGCUACCAUGAUCAGUAUGGACGCCCACACCCAUCCGAUGAUGAGUGAAUUCCAUGAACCUCGAACAGAUAAGCGUUCGGUGGUAGUCAUUCCACAUCAUCGACUUGAUGAGUGGUUGGGUUUACAACAGCCCAAUAUUUCGAGUUUUAUUGAGGGCUUGCUGUCUAUUAUUUCGUGGCUGGUCACAUUAACCAAGCCUUUAAUCGCUUUUGGCGGGUUGUCUUUCUCAGGUCGAGACUUAAUUUUAUUAUUCGGUGGACUGUUCCUCGUCUAUAAAGCCGUCACUGAACUACAUGAAAAAAUGGAAGGCAAACCUGAGGUUAAAAGUUCAGGUGCAGUUGUUUAUGCAAGCUUCUGGGCAGUUGUGGCGCAAAUCAUCGUUUUAGACGCAGUAUUCUCUCUUGAUUCGGUGAUUACCGCGAUUGGUAUGGUCGACAAUAUCUAUGUGAUGAUGGCCGCUGUAACGAUUGCUGUGGUUGUGAUGUUGAUUGCUUCUAAACCGUUAACAGCAUUUGUCAAUAAGCAUCCGACAGUCGUGAUUCUAUGUUUAAGUUUCUUAUUGUUGAUUGGUGUGAGUUUAAUCGCUGAAGGUUUUGGUUUCCAUAUUCCGAAAGGCUAUAUUUACUCGGGUAUUGGUGUGGCAAUUUUAAUUGAAGCCUUUAACCAAUUUUCCAGCCGUAAUGUUGAAAAGCAUCAGUCGAAAACGCCGUUGCGUCAUCGUACCGCAGACUCAAUCUUAAAAUUGAUGGGAAGUAAGCUGGAUGCAGAUUUAUUACAAAGCCCUGAAGCUUUAGCUGCUCAAAAAGCCUUUGGUGAUGAAGAACGCUAUAUGGUUGGUGGUGUAUUGACACUUGCUGAACGUUCAGUUGCCUCAAUUAUGACGCCAAGAAAUCAAAUUUCGUGGAUCAAUCUUGAAGAUGAUGCGGAAAGUAUUCGUCAGCAAAUCUUGGCUGUACCACAUAGUUUAUUCCCGGUAUGUCGCGGACAAUUGGAUAAAGUGGUUACGGUUGUACGUGCUAAAGAGUUAAUUGAUGUAUUGGAUGAACCAGAGCAAUUACAAGCCUUGCUUAAACGUAGUCGUUUGAUUUCUCCGUUGGAUGUGUUUGAAGCAAUUGCGGGUGAAUUCCCAGAUGCAGAUGAACAGUUAGAGUUGAUCAAACUGAAUGAUACAACGUGGAAAGCAUCAGGUAUGCUUGACUUGUAUCAGCUUGAGCUGGAACUUGGCAUGUUGGAUCUAGUUCAAGAAGACUCAGGUUACUUUAGCGUAGCAGGUUUGAUUUUAGACAAGACUCAAGGCGAAGCAAAAGUAGGCACUCAGAUUGAACAAGAGGGCAUUUGGUUUGAAGUCAUCGAAAUGGAUGAAAAUCGGAUCAAGACGUUAAACCUGAAGCGAAAAGACUGGUUGAAACGACUUAUGAGGCAAUGGUGGCUGGGAUUCAUAUGGUCAAACCUGGUGCAACACUCGGGGAUAUUGGCCAUGCGAUCCAACAAGUUGGGCAACGUGAAGGUUAUACGAUCGUUCGUGAAUAUUGUGGUCAUGGGAUUGGGCUUAGUGCUUAAAAAGGGUAUGGUUUUUACCAUUGAACCAAUGAUUAAUGCGGGGAAAUCCAGUGUCAAAGAGCUGAAAGAUGGCUGGACUGUGGUUACUGCGGAUAAGUCAUUGUCAGCACAAUGGGAACAUAUGGUUGCUGUCACAGAUACAGGAUUUGAAUUGCUUACACCUUGGCCUGAAGGCACUGGCAACUACCCUGAGAUUUAA